GAUAGUGGCACUCGCUUCACAAAUACGUUCAAAGUUUAUUCUGUGAUUUUAAAACUCAAACUUAUUUAAUAAAUAUUUAUGUUUUUAAACUUGGCUGUAAAUAAAUAUUCGAGAGUAGAUAAAAAAAAUAUAUAUAUUGUUCCUUUUUUGAAUUUUGUUUUCGAGUGUUCUUUUUAAAAUGGCGAAGUUAGUAAGUUUAGUGUUGUGCGUAGUGCUUGUGUAUAUGAUAUCGGCAAAAUAUGUCGAUAAAAGGAAGUGUCCUGAAGUGAGAGCAGUGCCCCAUUUUGAUUUACCACGGAUGUUGGGCGACUGGUACGUAGUGGAAUAUUAUGCGAGCGCUGAAGAGGCUCUUUCGUACAGCUGUAUGAAAGCAGUUUUCACUGAAGACGACCACGUUCCUACCGCAGAUGGUUCCAUAGAAUUUACUCCCGGAGUGACCAUGAACUUCACCUACCGUUUUGCUGACGAUCCUCUCGGCGAGACCCUGCUUGGCAAUAUUACUUGGAGGGUAGAUUUGAACGAGCCUGCCCAUUGGACGCAUGCUGAAAGGACUUAUGACGGCAUAUACAACACAUAUGUACUAGACACGGAGUAUAAGACCUGGGCUUUACUGCUUCACUGCGCGGAGCAGACGGAAGGCGCGAGGUAUUUGAGUGCAUUCGUCCUCUCACGAAACACGACGCUACCGAAGAACGUAAUGGCUUAUUUACGGGAUAAGUUGCCUAGAUACGAUGUUGACGUCAACUACGUGUUUCCGAUCCCACAUAAAGAUUGUUCCACAAAACCGCCCAUGUUCGACUACUCGCCCAUUUUAGUAGAGGUCGGCAGCAAAGUACCGAAGCGGCCAGGCGUUAGCUACAAAGUGGCUUUUGGACAUUAAAUAAAUAAUGUAAUGACAUUAGAUAAGAAAUAAUAAAGUGUAACUUGUAAUAUACUUAGAUGUAGAACUGAAUUAUUGUCAGUGUUAUUAAUAGAUUUUUUAUGAAUAAACAUGUUUGUUU